CAGCAGGGUUGUUAGCAACAUUUUGCUGCCACGUUGAGAGUAAUAAUACCCCUCGAGGAGGCCGUUUUCGUUGCAGGACGUCUUGUUGAAAGUGUUGGCAUAGUAUGGGUACUACUAAUUCUUGCACCACAAUAAACGUUUCACUAACACGACUCGUCGUAAGAAUACUAGCAUCACCGCAAAAAUAAACCAAGUCGUAUCGUCGUCACCCGCACACCAGCAAGCAAAACGCGGAAACUACAGCUGCGCUUAGAUGAUCUACUGAAAUUAAUUCCUCACACUCGCAGUUUUCUUUUUUUUUCUUCUGGGGAAGAGAACUUUUUAUGGGGAAAUUGUACUACUGUCAAAACUAGGGGAAAGCAAGUAACUCAAUUUUGAAAAUCAAAAAAAUGGACUCGACGUUGGCGAAGUCCACCUCCACGCCGCACCUGGCGACCACGAGGCAGCCGAAGUUGAAUGUGACCGGUAAAUUCGUUGUUUUUGUCAUGCAGAAACUGCAUCCGGAUUGAAAAGGAAAAGUGAGUUUCAAUGAACUUGUGAUGCAAAAACCGAUUUUGGCGUCCAGUUUGUCAUGCGUGUUAUUCAAAAUCAAAACCAAAACAAAAAAUCAGCAAUACCAAACCUGCCGGGAACGCAACUGUCCACAUCUAUCGGCAAGAAGCACUUCCCAAGACAAAACUCAUGGUCCAUCAUCGGAGGCUGCAGAAUCGAGCGGGACAGAGGAGAGUAUUGAGUUGUGCUUUUUGAUGCAUCACUAUGCAUGACAAAUUGCGUUUCUUUUGCAUGACCACGCAUGCGAGCCUGCACUCGGUUCAUCUUCACUGAAACCAAAAACAAACUCCCAGGUUCGAAGCCGCACGCGGGAAAUUCAUCCGGGCACCAAAAUCAGCAUCCGAGUUCCGACAGGGAAGCCUGCCAAGCAGCACCACGAGACAAGUGUUCCAGAAUAUCACAUGUAAAAAUGUCUGGGUCUGGAAGAAUGCACCUUGUCAUGCCAAACCUGAAGCAUGCAAAAAUCUGUGUUGCAUGAUUACCAAAAGUCGUCCAGUUUUGACCAAGUCGGGAGGGAGUUUCUCAUGCAGGAUAGGCAUCAGAGAGAUCGCGCAGAAUCUGUCACGCUAGGUCCUCCAUUACAGACCAUUUGAGUCAUGGAAAACCUGCAUGACAAGUCUAGCAAAGUUCCAGACCCAGACAUAUUUGGAUGUGAUACAGAAGCCAAGUUUGACAUUUGACGAGCUGCCCGCGUGGGAAGUGCUGGAUCGACAUGUGCUCCGGUUUUACGCAUACGGAAAGGACACUAUCCGUAUCGAGGUUGUGAUUUUCAUUUUUCCAUGACAAAAUGAAUCUGCAAAAAUGCAUGUUUUUACUGCAUGACAGCAUCCAGUCCUUUCUCAUGCGUGUCAACAUUACAAAAAAAUAUUCUCAGCCGAAACCAACUUGGAGAACUACCGGGUUAAGAAGUUCAGAAUCCUGUACUACCUGCAGGAUGACACCUGCCAGAUUAGCAUGCCAGAGCCGGAUAACAGCGGUUGCGGAGUCUUCUCCGCAUUAGGCGGACAGGGCGAUAAGGGUAUAGGUCCUACUGUUGACAAUGAGUCUGCAUCUGCAGUUGCUAGUACAGCUUUGUUGAUGCAUGACGCUUCUGCUUUCUCAUGCGCAGAACUUGUUCGCAUGUUGGAAAAAAUCAAACUAAGGUCUCUCGUCCAACUAUUUGAAGCGGUGCAAGCUGAGAAACGCGGAUGGAUCCGUAUUGCCAGUAAAAAUCCCCCCUCCCCAUAUUGAAAACGCAUCCUCCUGAAAAUUUGUGAUGCAGAUUUGUGACCACAAACCGGGUCUGUCUUGCAAGAAGGCAUACUCAGGCUGUCCGCCACGUUAUGCAGGUGGUUUGUAAUGCUGUAAGGCCUACAGGGUAGCCGUCUACCAUGCUAGGCGCCUACACGAAAAGGACCCCGGCUGUGCUCAGGAUCUGUGUGCAUUCCUCUACUGCAACACAAUUCUGAUUUGUGUACCCAGAUCCAGCAUCAGAAAUUUAUUUUUUUUUUUCUUUUUGGUAGUGCUCCUCUCUAUACUUUUUUUGAUCCCUCGGUGCUAGUGGGCACAUUUGUACGAAGUUAUUUCUACUCAGAUAACAACACAGCUCACUACGCCGCCUUCCCAGGAGCUGUUGUUGCUGUCUUUCGGUAGAAAUCACAUCGUCCAAAUAAUCCUACUAGAGUUUACCGGGUAUGUGGUUUAAGGGGGAACAUAAGGACGUUAGAUGUUUGAUUGCUCUACAUUACAAGACCGGCACUUGUGUCGGCCCGCCGAAGUUUCGCGCGCGGGUUCAGCAGUCUUCUUUCUCGCGAAAAAGGUGAGUCUCCUGACCCUUUCGGUCGUCACCACUCCGCCGGUAUUCGUGCUUGCGCGGUACCUCACGAUGACGAUGGUUUAAGUUUUUUAGGUAUAGUCUAAACAGGGACACCCAGCCCUUAGCCAUCCAAAAUCAGAAAUUUCGUUUUGAUAUGGGGAGGGGAAAUUUUUCCUCUCAAUAAUCCGGCUUUGUCUCUCCCGCCACCUUCCGGGUCGGUGAGGACUUCGAAUUCCUCGGGAGGAAGGUCAGAAUCUUAUCAAAUGCAAAAAUGUCGGGGUCAUUGGAAACUUGUGAUGCUAAAAUGUGACUGGUGGGCGGACUGCAGUACGCAGCGAAGCAUGACAAAUUUUUCAACUACUACUGUAUUCCGUUUUCCGCAUGGCAAACUGCGUUUUUGCACGACAGGCAAGAAGCCAUUUUCCUGCUCAUGCAUUACAGAUUUAUGAGUCAUGACAGACAAGCAUGACAAACUUGCAUUCUUCCAGACCCAGGCAUAUUUGCAUUUGAUAAGUCUACAACUGCGACAAGUUCACCGAGGAGUACUACGAGCGGCUUAUGUAUUGCAAAAAUGUCUGCGUCUGGAAGAAUGCAACUUGUGAUGCUGCAUUUGGAUGUCUAAAAAAUUUGUGUUGCAUGAGCAGCAAAAGGAGCCUAAUUUUUGCUAAGCGGAGAAGGCAUUUGUCAUGCGGGAUAGGCAUCAAGAAUCACUCAAAAAACCUGUGAUGCUAGGGCAUGCAUCACAGACAUCAUGGCUCAUGCAAACCGUGCAUGACAAGUCUCAGAAUCUUCCAGACCCAGACAUUAUUUUUGCACUUGAUACGGCUCGGUAUGCCGCAAAACAUGGCGCUGGCAAGUGCGGAGUCGGAAAUGGACGCGUUCUCAGAGCUAUCAAAUGCAAAUAUGUCUGGGUCAGGAAAAACGAAACUGUAAAAUCUGUAUUGCAUGACCAACUUUUGUCAUGCAAAAGCACAGUUUCUAAUGCCAUGCGCAAAAACGCAUCAGAAAGCGUCCUCAGAGUUUGUCAUGCUGGGCUCCACUCAGGAGUAUGCUCACUCGUCACUGUCGCUCAGCAUUACAAAUUUCCAGACCUAGACAUGCUUACACUGGAUAAGAGACUCUCGCAAAGAAGAACAUCGUGCCAUCCAAGCCGGAGAGAACGAACGAAAAGCUGUACUACGAAAACAUGCUGAACGGCGGGCACGUAAAAAAUUCUUUGCUUUUCUGGUUUUGUAGAUUUGGUUUUUUUAUUACGAUUUUGUCAUGCGCCGCUGUGAUUGAAAAUGAAAACCUUCUUUGUCUGGCAUAAAUGUGCACAAAAUAAAUCAAAAACUCCAGAUCAACGCCAACAUGCAACAAUUUAUGGAGAACGAUCGCAAAGUGUGCCGAUUCUACGCCAUUGUGGACGACCUCAUUACUCCGCAGUACGAGCGACGACCGUUUGUCAUCAUGUACUUCUUGGCGAAUGACACCAUUCAAAUCCGCGAGCAGUACCCCUUGAACUCUGGGCGGGACGGAUUCCCGCUCUUCUGCAAGCGCAUGCGCAUGCCCAAGGGAAAGACCGAACUGCGAGGGCCGAUGGACAGCGCGUAUCGGGUUUUUUGCAUUACAGAUUUAUUCGCAGCACCUCCACCUGCAGCGUGGAGUGAAAAACUUUUGUGAUGCUGGUUUAUCCAAGAAAGAAAGUUUUGUCAUGCAAUGUCCAACAUCAUGAAAAAUUCAGGUACCAACCGGAGGAGUACGUGCACAUUACUGAUUUUAACAUUGGUCAGCGGGUGGAGAUGUACAACACCUCCUUUUACAUCUACGACGCCGAUGGCUUUACCCGCGAGUACUUCGAGAAGGAGCUCACCGCGUUGCCAACGAAAAUCGAUGUCCGGCUCCCGGAGAAGGAGAUCCCCCGCGCGAAGACGCCACCGUACACCGGGUAUGGUUCUUGGGAUGACAGCAUGGGAUCGGUGCUCCAGCUUAUCCCGAAAAAACCGAAGUAUCAAAUGCAAGAAUGUCUGGGUCUGAAAGGAUCCGAACUUGUGAUGCGUGUUUCGGAUCCUACAAAGAUCUGUGAUGCAUAAACGUGCAAAAGGUGCUUACUCCUGGCCAUGCUGAGUGGGCAUUUCUCAUGCACAAUACGCAUCACCAAGGAGCUGCAGAACCUGUGAUGCUAGGCCCUGCAUUCCAGACGUGGGGGAGCUUGGGAAAACUGCAUGACAAAUCUCGGAGUCUCGCAGACCCAGACAUUUUUGCAUUCGAUACGAAGAAAGAUUUGGCCAAACUCUUCUUCAACGAGGGCAAGACGCUCCGGUUUAGCGCGAAGUUCAGCGGGGAGGUACUACUAGAUUCGUCAUGCCGGAUCAUGUACAGGAUAGAAAUCUGGAAAGAUGAAUUUUGUGAUGCAGGGCACGCAUUGAAGUGCAAACUUGUCAUGCAUCAUAUGCAACCCAAAUUAUCAGGUCGCGGAAGAGGACACGAUGCGUCGGUUCCUGAUGACUUACAACCUGUUCGACGAUACCGUCAUGAUCCACGAGCCACCGUUAUGAAUUCGAAAAACCACUGCAAUUUGUCAUGCAGAAUUAAGACGAAUCGCACAUUGCAUAUACAAAGUCUAGCAUGACAAGUUUCUUGGCACGACCUCUGCAGUAGGUCUCUUUUGUCAUUCAUAACCGCAGAGAAACCUGGGUAUUGUCACCGGCCGCUUCCUGGAGAAGGCGGUGCACCUGAACCAGCUUACCGGAAAACUCUUCAUGCCGGAUGAUUUCCUGCCGGGCAAGGAAGUGAAGUGCCAGAGCCACCAGUUCCUGAUGCUGGAUAUGGACGAGUACACCAGGAAUUACUUCAAAUAUGAGAGUGCACAACUACUCUAUUUCUCCCUCAUUUGUAUGGCAUGAACAGCAUCACAACCACCAACACACGUGGGGCCUGUGCAUAAGAAAUUUAUCACGCCCCGACUGCAGUACUCUUGGGCAGCAGCUUCCAGAAUUUGUAAUGCAACCAGUGCCAUAAGGAACCAACAGGACUUAUUGGGAUUCUGCAUUACAAAUGAGGGGGGUGAGAUUGUUGUGCACUCUCAUAUCAAAUCGCUGGAAAACGGCGAGGAGAUCUACCGCAACAACACGAAUCUGAACAAGGUCUUGCAGAACUUGCGGGAGCAGAUGACCAACCAAUUUCCGCAGGUAUAGGAGUGUGGUGUGGCUUUUUUGCAUGACAAAAAUGUAGUGUCUUUGGUUUUUUGCAUGACAAAGUUUUUAUCGCGCAUCAUCACAACUAAACUUUCUGUCAGGUCCGCGACGUGUUCCGCCGAUUCGAUGCCGACCGCAACGGUGUGCUCUGCUACCACGAAAUGGAGCGCGCGCUGCAGAAGUUUGGCUUCAUGCUGUCACCGGAAGAGACGCUGUGCGUAAUGAAGCACUUCGACCCGGAAGGCACGGGCCAGGUGGACUACAAGGCUUUCUGCUCCAAGGUUUUGGACCCGGACUUCUUCCAGGGCAACCUGAUGGUGGUAUUGAUCAACCGUUUGAAUAUGCAACACAGUUUUUUUUCUCUAGCUACUUUUCGCAUGAGAGCUUUCUCGUGUAUGGCCAUGACAUCCAGUGCCUGUGCUUCAUAUCACGCAUGAGAAAUUCAACAAAACGAAAACUAUCAGAAACCCGAACUCGUUAUCAACGCCGAAGAGCUGGCUUCCUACGCCGAUGUCGCUGCGCAAAAGACGGUGGAGCGGGCAGAAACCGAGAAGGUCCGACGGGCGGUCAGGAUGAUCGGGGACAUUUUCUUCACCAGGGAAAACAUGCGGGGACGGCUGUUGGCAGAGUGGAUACGAGAGUGCACAACUCCCCCUCCGCCGCAUUUUUUUGAAGGGCAUAAACAGCAUCACAAGUCCUGGCAUAAAUGCAGAUUUUGCAUGACAAAUUCGCGACCGAUUCUAGUGCUGUUUCGGCUUCCGGAAUCUGUUAUGCGAGCAGUGCCAAAGGGAAAAAGAUGGACUUGCUAUUUUGCAUGAGAAAUGAGGGGAGGCAGAGUUGUGCAUUGUCAUAGUGGAACGAGAUGGGCCAGGAACCGACCAAGACGUGGGACCAGAUUCGAUUGGGAUUCUUGAAACUCGGGUAAGUAGCGAUCUACAGUGUUGGUGUUCUUGCAUGACAGAGUCACGUUUUCUUGGUUUGUGUGCAUGAGAAACAAUAACGACUAAUGGCAAUAAAGCGGUAUUUUUGCCUGAUCCGCAUGACAAAUUCCAAAACUUCUAUCAGGUACGUCUUCGAUCUGGACGAUGUGCAGCGGUGCAUUUUGUUCUGUUUACCUACGCAUGGUGAAAAAUUUUCGUGGAUAAUGUUGUCAUGCACAAUACUGCAUUGGCGAAAGAUGUUUCCAAUGCAACGUUGUGCAUGACAAGUUCCAUCUAAAUUUUUCCCCCCCAUACCCUCGGGCUGCGACCUCCAGGCUGUGCCAGUGAUCGACUUCUUGCACAAGCUGAAGGUCACCUACCACGACAUGUACCUGAAUCGUUAAGGAAAAGGAGAAGAAACUUGCUAUUGCACAGCAAGAGAACAAGGCGUCGUGGACUUAGAACUAGAACUUUAGUACCAAAAUGCACCUACUGUACAGAAAACAAAUAGCACCAGAACAGUAAAAACGUGUUAGACAUCAGAUCAACAGCAGAAGACUAAAAACAUCAAAUCAGACACAACGGAAAACAAGUUGAAAGCUUGUUUUCCCCGACAGGUAAUUAUUUAGCAGAGAAAAAUAAAAUCAGACAACACCGGAACAAAUAAUCGUUUUAGCAAAAAUCAAGAACACAAUAUCAAAAGCCGAGUUAUAUAUGACAAAACUUAUCAGACAAGACAAUCAGACCAAUCCAGUUAGGUUUCCAGAAUCAGACACAGUCGGAAUCUUCGCUAUGGUAGGUUUCAGUAGAUUCAGGCACAGAGUUACGAGUUACUAUUUAGGUCAGACAACUUCUAACCAAGAGCUAUUUUAGAAUACAGCAGAUCGAAUUUAUCAGAAUCAGUAAUCGGAUAUUAAGGUUUCAAGGAAAUAAUUUCUCCGCAUAGGUCGUUUCAAGCGAGAAAGUUCAGCGAAUCAGACACGUUGCAGAGGACGACGAGUUACAGCAUCAGAAACUUGAAUCAGAAUAAAUCAGACUUUGAAAUUAUACCUCUAAAAACUGUAGUUUAGAAUUUUACCAGACACAACAACAAAACGGUUUAUGGAAAGAAAUUUGCACAGAUGUUAUUUCAGAUUUACUUCUAAAAGAUCAGACACGACAGCAGGCAGCGAAAUAUUAAUAUUGUCACAAACUUUAUUCAACUAUGUAAACUAUCGCUUUAUUUCCUCAUCUCUCCGGAGCUCGGCUCCUAUCAGCCUAUAUCCUAGCAAACCCGUGGUAUUCGUCACCUGUCGUGACCGUGAGCAAGUUGCAAUUUUGUGGAGACAAAAGUACACCUAAUAUUCCAAAUCUCUAGGAAAUAUCGGGAUAACAAAACGAACAGUGGAGUUCGGACUCGAUAAUGCACUUGUAUAGGCAUACUCCUGCUAGUACGCGGCUACAGGUCCAGAUUAUGAACUCUUGAUGAACAAUUUUCUGCGCGCGGUUUUUCCCCCGCAGAGUAAAUCCGAGAACUCCAGGUUUAGUACCUUCUUGUUACACUAGCUUUGUUUGAAAACAGAAAAU